CAAAAUUUCGUAGUGACAGGACAUUUUUUAUCAGAAAAAUUGGAAAACUGUAGCAUUUAUCCACUCAUACUUGGAAUGGAGAUGAGAGAGGCUACUGACAGAAAGGAAGAGGAAUGGGUUUAUGAAACUGUCGUUCAUCCAAACGUGAAACAUGGAGCCCAAGUUUCAAAUAAAAAGUGUGUUCCACACGUUAGUCGUACUUCAAUCGUUUUAAUGAUACUGUUGAUAUUGAUGUUGAUGGCAUUUGCCCUUAUUAUUAUCCUGUCAGUAAAAGAAAUCAUUUCAACUGAAUCUAAAGAACUUCGGAAUAAGCAGUAUUCAUUGGUAAACACAAUUUCCACUAAGAUGCAAAGCUUGAACAGCAAGGUAAGCACGAUUUCGACAAAUCUUGAAGAACAAAGCAACCAAAUUGAAAGCUUGAGCAGCAAGUUAUAUUACCUGAUAUACAACAGAACGGAUGCUAGCCUGUACAAAGCUUUCAAAAAAUGCUUGUGGAAAGUUGGUGAGGGCACAAGAUAUUCCAGCUAUAGUCAAGACGUUUUCAUCAAGAGUUCUGUUAACAUGAAUGAAUGCAUAAAGCUUUGUGUCAAAAAGAGUCCCAGUUACAAUGGCGCAAUUUAUCGAAUCCGUGAUAAAAGGUGCUCUUGCUUGAGCAAUAUGAAUGGAAGAGAUUCAGAUGUCGAAUACGUCUCUUGUUACAUUAGAUGAAAGAUUACCAUCUGAUUUCGUAAUUACGUGUAUCACAGUAAUAUAACAAUGUUUUUGUUUUCUAUUGUGUUGUUUUCUAGUUAUUGUUUAAUUUGAAGAAUAGAUAAGUCUUGUUGUAGUCCUUUUUUUUAAUAACAUUUUAUGAGAAGCUUAAAAUUA